AUUUUGUAGGAGGGUAUUCAGAGGUCAUUAGUAUAUAUAAGUUUUGGCUAGACCUGGCAACCGUGGUGUAUACUUUAGAUACAUUUAGCUCUAAACAGACACAAAUGACCCUGCGUCCGUCGGUAGACACAGGGCGGUAGCUUUUGCACAACACAUUGAGUGCUAGCUAGCUAGCUAGCUAGGUAGGUAGAUUGCUAACCUUAGCUGUGAGACCUAGCUAGCAUCCAAUAUAAUAUAUUAUUUGACAUUAUCGUUGACAUGUCGGCCUUUUCAGAGGCAGCUUUGGAAAAGAAACUAUCGGAGCUUAGCAAUUCCCAACAAAGUGUCCAGACUCUGUCACUGUGGCUUAUCCAUCAUAGAAAACACUCGAAGACCAUCGUCAACGUUUGGUUCAACGAAUUGAAAAAAGCCAAGGUAUCCAGGAAGCUCACCUUCCUCUACCUCGCCAACGACGUCAUCCAGAACAGCAAGAAGAAAGGACCUGAGUUCACCCAGGACUUUGCUCCUGUCAUUGUUGAUGCCUUCAAACAUGUGUCCAGGGAAGGAGAGGACCCCUGUAAGAAACAGCUGGGCCGGGUUCUGUCCAUCUGGCAGGAGAGGGCUGUGUAUGAGAACAACCUGCUGGACCAGCUCUCACACGUCCUGCUGGGAGAGAAGAAGGCCAAGAAGAGGCCGUAUGAGGAGAUUCAACUGGACGACCAGGACUUGGCCUCCCAAAGCUCACCCGCAGAGCCCCCACAGACGGCAGAGUUAAUCCGGGCCCUGCAGGAGCUUGAGAAUGCAGCCUCUGGGGACUCAGCACUGCGCCAGCGAAUCUCCUCCUUGCCUGCUGAGGUGCAGGACACGUCACUGCUGCACAGGAUCACAGAUAAAGAGCAGGGUGAGCGCCUGUCCAGACUGGUGGAGGAGGCGUGCAUGCUGCUGGCGGACUUCAGCGGCCGUUUGGCGGCGGAGAUCGACGACCGGCGGCAGCUUACGAGGACGCUCACCCUGUUUCUACACAGCCAGAGGGACGGCCUGGCCCAGAACGAGCAGAAACUAGAAGAGUACAAGCGUAAGCUGGCGCGGGUGACCCAGGUACGGAAGGAUCUGCGUUCUCAUCUCAGCAACCUACCAGACCUCUCUGUGCUCCCUAGUGUGACCGGUGGACAUUUGCACCUGCCCUCGUCCGGCGUCGAGCUUUAUGACCCCACAGCCUGACAGCUCACCUGUGUUUCCCAUCUCUGUCCGACCAUCCACCCUCUGAUUGACACAUCUCUCGCCCUAUCAUUUAAUAUGUGGACAUCACUUCACUUCGUGGACAUCAGAGUCACUUAGUAACCUUUGACUGACGUAUCUCCCAACCUAUCAUUGGCCAUAUGCAUCUUGCUACUGUUUGACUGCUCUCUCAUCCAAUCUUUCCCCAUGUAGUCCUGUUUAUCAAAUUUCUCUCUUACCCAUCAUCAUGUAACCCUCCCUUUGGAACAGUAUAUCUCCCUCCUAUUCUCUUCACAAUAGAUCACUCCUAUUGGUACAGUAUUUGGAAAGUAUUCAGACCCCUUCACAUUCUAAAAUUGAUUAAAUUGUUUUUUACCCUCAUCAAUCUACACACAAUAGCCCAAAAUGACAAAGCAAAAACAGGUUUUUAGAAAUGUUUGCAAAUUUAUUAGAAAUAAAUAAAUAGAAAAAUAAAUAGAAAUAUGACAUACAUAAGUAUUCAGACCCUUUACUCAGUACUUUGUUGAAGAACCUUUGGCAGCGAUUACAGUCUUGAGACUUCUUGGUAUGAUGCUACGAGUUUGGCACACCUGUAUUUGGGGAGUUUCUCCCAUUCUCUGCAGAUCCUCUCAAGCUCUGUCAGGUUGGAUGGGAAGCGUUGCUGCACAGCUAUUUUCAGGUCUCUCCAGAGAUGUUAGAUCGGGUUCAAGUCCGGGCUCUGGCUGGGCCACUCAAGGACAUUCAGAGACUUGUCCCAAAGCCACUCUUGCGUUGUCUUGGCUGUGUGCUUAUGGUCAUUGUUCUGUUGGAAGGUGAACCUUCGCCCCCAGUCUGAAGUCCUGAGUACACUGGAGCAAGUUUUCAUCAAGGAUCUCUCUCGUUCAUCUUUCCCUUGAUCCUGACAUCCCCACAGCAUGAUGCUGCCACCACUAUGCUUCACCGUUGGGAUGGCGCCAGGUUUCCUCCAGACGUGACGCUUGGCAUUCAGGCCAAAGAGUUCAAUCUUGCUUUCAUCAGACCAGAGAAUCUGGUUUCUCAUGGUCUGAGAGUCCUUUAGGUGCCUUUUGACAAACUCCAAGCGGGCUGUAAUGUGCCUUUUACUAAGGGGUGGCUUCCAUGUGGCCACUCUCCAUAAAGGCCUGAUUGGUGGAGCGCUGCAAAGAUGGUUUUCCUUCUGGAAGGUUCUCCCAUCUCCACAGAGGAACUUUGUCAGAGUGACCAUAGGGUUCAUGGUCACCUCCCUGACCAAGGCCCUUCUCCCCCGAUUGCUCAGUUUGGCCGGGUGGCCAGCUCUAUGAAGAGUCUUGGUGGUUCCAAACUUCUAUUUAAGAAUGAUGGAGGCUACUGUGUUCUUGGGGACCUUGAAUGCUUCAUAAAUGUUUGGUACCCUUCCCCAGAUCUGUGCCUCGACACAAUCUCAUGGCUUGGUUUUUGCUCUGACAUGCAUGCUUUCCAAAUCAUGUCCAAUCAAUUGAAUUUACCACAGGGGGACUCUAAUAAAGUUGUAGAAUCAUCUCAAGGAGGAUCAAUGGAAACAGGAUGCACCUGAGCUCACUUUGGAGUCUCAUAGCAAAGGGUCUGAUUACUUAUAUAAAUACGUUUUAUAUAUAUUUAUAUAUAGAUACAUUUGAAAAAAUGUAGAAAAACCUGUUUUCACUUUGUCAUUGUGGGGUAUUGUGUGUAGAUUGCUGAGGGUAAAAAUUAUUUAAUCCAUUUUAAAAUAAGGCUGUAAAGUAACAAAAUGUGGACAAAAUCAAUGGGUCUGAAUACUUUCCAAAUGCACUGUAUCAUUUGCGUCCACAUCUAAUGCUAUUAAAUUAAGGGUAUGACCAAUGUUUUCCAUACCUAAUGCACUCUCUUUCUUCCCUUCUGCGCUUCCUCUGAAUACAUAUACUGGUUUGGUGAUCCCCCUUGGCUUUCACUGACAGUGUUCCUAUGCAGAGGAUGCUGGUGGGAGGAGCUAUAGGAGGACAGGCUCAUUGUAAUGGCUGGAAUGGAAUAAUUGGAACGGAGUCAAACGUGGUUUUCAUAUGUUUGAUGCUGUUCCAUUUAUUCCAUUCCAGCCAUUACAAUGAGCCCGUCCUCCUAUAGCUCCUCCCACCAGCCUCCUCUGUUCCCAUGAUAUUCCUCUUCUGUUUCCCCUAUCCACCUAACCCCAACCUCCUCAAAAUGACAGGAAAGAUAUUGUUGUGAUAUUAUUUUUGUAUUUAUAGUGAAUUUAGAUAGCACCAUAAAUGGUAUAUUGCAGUAGUCACAAUGCAUACAUCCCCUCAGUUUGGUAUCAUAAUCAGCUGCAGUAUUUUGAUUACGAACAAUAUCAUCUUUAUGCGUUCUUUUAUAACUGCUCUAAGUCGUUUUCCCAUUAUGUGGACACAGCUCACUAGGUUUUAGAUCUUGUUCUCGGGGGCUUCACUAAUAGCAGGGACUGUUACUGUUCAAGUUCUAUAUAAAUGGCCUUAAAAUAAUUAAGCCUGUUCAGAAAAGUUAUUUUGUCCAGAUUUAAUUGUGAAAUCAUGUUGAAAAGGAAAUGGACAAGUUGGAAAAUGUAAAAGUAACAAGUUUGAAUAUGUUUGACUUUUUUUGAGAAAGCUCUUAAGGAAACAAAAACGUUCAUUGUAAACAUUUUUCUUAAAUCAGUAACCAAUUUCUUUCUUUGUUUUAGCACAUAGACAAAGUUGCAUGUAAAUCCUAGGAACUAAUUGGUUUUUAUCUGUCAGUCUUGUAUCGUCAUUAUGGACUGGCCAAGACACACUCUUAGAAAAAAUGGUUCUGGAUACAACCAAAAAGGGUACUAUGCUUGCUUCCAAUAUGGCACCCCUUAAUGUUCUAUAUAGAACUGAAAUUGGUUCCCUAUAUGGAACCCAUUUUGGUUCAGUGAAGAACCCCAUAUAUAUGGGGUGCCGUAUACAGUAUGAAGCAAGAAAUAGAACCCUUUUCGGUUCUCUCCAGAUCCUUUUUUUCUAAGAGUGCAUGGUAGUCAUUCCAAAAAAAUGCCUGGGUCUCAUUGCAGAUGCAUCUCUAUAGAAGUUAGAUGUCUCCGUAAAAGUUGAAGCCUUUCCCAUAUUGGAACAAGCAAGUGGAGACAUCAGUGUUGUAUGCUCUUUUACCGUAUUACCUUCUGCCCCCUGGUUAUAACCUCUACUGAAGGUUCUUCAGCCGCCUGUGACAGCUAUGCUCUUUGAAGAACUUGAAGGGGCACACUUUGCUAAACUAACCCGUAUAACUUAUAUCAAUGAUUUGUAAGUCUUCAUUGAAACACAAAUUGUUGUAAUGUGUUGUUCUCAGAACCAAAUAAACAGCCAAACAUAGGAGAAUUUA